AUGGCUGAUACGGAUCAAACGCCAACAGGCGGCAAGUCGUCGUUCUCGUCCAGACAGGAUCCCAAAACUCUUGCCGGGGCUGUACUGAUUGUGGCCUCGGUCCCCCUUUUUCUCGUCUUGCUCGUUCCCAUCAUUCUCAACCGCCUCGGUCGCUUUUUAGGAUUUGGUCUUCGCAAGAAAUCUGAUGGUCGACGAGCCCAGCUCGUCUCCUUGAUGGAGGAGGAAGACGAGCGAUACUCCAAAGAGAACCCUGCCGUCAAAACAAGCCCCAGGAAAAGCAACAGCCACCAGACGCAGAAGGAUUGGGAUGGCGUGAUUGGAUUCUUUCAUCCGUUUUGUAAUGCCGGAGGCGGUGGCGAACGAGUGCUGUGGGCGGCUAUUCGGGCAACGCAAGAUCAGUGGCCGAGAGCGAAAUGCGUCGUCUACACUGGCGAUCAUGAUGUGAACAAGGAGGCCAUAUUACAACGUGUCCAAAGUCGGUUCAACAUCCACUUGCACUCACCGACCCUCCAAUUUCUACAUCUUUCGAAGCGCCAUUGGGUUUUGGCGUCGACCUGGCCGCAGUUUACUUUGCUCGGGCAAUCAAUAGGCUCCAUGGUGCUGGCUUGGGAUGCUUUUUCGCUGCUGGUGCCCGACGUUUUUAUCGAUACAAUGGGAUACGCCUUUGCCUUGGGACUUUGCAAGUUCCUGUUCCCUCGAGUCGCCACUGGAGCGUACGUACACUACCCGACUAUAUCCACCGACAUGCUCGAGUCUUUAGACCCGAAUUCAGCCGCGGGGUCGCAAGGCGUGAAUGCCGGCCAGGGAACGGGAGCACGAGGACUCGCUAAAAGAACAUACUGGCGACUUUUCGCCAAGCUGUACUCGUGGGUUGGUUCGACGAUAGAUGUUGUCGUGACCAACUCUACCUGGACGCAGGCACACAUCAGAAGCCUCUGGGGCCCUUAUAGGGCUCAGAAGGACCGCAACACUCCCAUUGCUGUGGUUUACCCUCCGGUUGCUGUUCGCGAGCUUGAGCAGGAGGUCGAGGUAUCCGAGGCGAGCGAGGAGAAGCGGGAGCAGGUCGUCGUGUGCAUUGCCCAGUUCCGACCAGAAAAGAACCAUGAAAUGAUAUUGCAAGCAUUCGCCAAGUUUGUGAGAACCCAGAGCAAGGCGUCGGAGAAGGCCCGGCUUGUUCUCAUUGGCAGCGUGCGAGGCGACCAGGACUCGAAAGAAGUAUACCGACUCAGGCUCCUCGCCAACGAGCUCGGCAUCAAAGAAAAAGUCGAGUUUCGCCUUGACGCAUCGUGGCCCGAAAUCCUCGAGUGUCUAAGGAGGGCAUCAGUUGGUGUCAAUGGCAUGUGGAACGAGCACUUUGGCAUCGGCGUCGUCGAGUACCAGGCGGCAGGCUUGAUAUCAGUGGUCCACAACAGCGGCGGUCCGAAGCUUGACAUUGUCAUUGAGGUUGAUGGCGAGCCAACAGGAUACCACGCCACCAAUGAAGACGAAUUUGCAGAGGGUUUUGAAAAAGCUCUGUCGCAAUCCAAACCCCUGCUUAUGCGCAGACGCGCCCGCAAAUCGGCAACUCGAUUCACGGAAGAGGAGUUUGCCAAGAAGUGGGUGGCUGCAACCACCCGCCUGGUGGAAUUGACGAUAUGA